AUGCAGGCUGCUUCUACAAACAUUUGUGAAAGAAUGGGUCGCUCUCAGGAGUUCAGUGAAUUCAAGCGUGGUCCCGUAAUAGGUUGCCACCUGUGCAAUAAGUCCAUCCAUGAAAUUUCCUUGCUACUAAAUAUUCCACAGGCAACUGUUAAUGGUAUUAUAACAAAGUGGAAGCAACUGGGAACAACAGCAACUCAGCCACCAAGUGAGCGGGGUCAGUGCAUGCUGAGGUGCACAGUGUGCAGAAGUCGCCAAUGUCUGCAGAGUCACUAACUAAAGACUUCCACACUUCAUGUGGCCUUCAGAUUAUCACAACAGUGAGCUCUUCAUGGAAUGGGUUUCCAUGGC